AAGAGAUCACGCUCGGUUACUAUGGUGUUGAAUGAGCAAGGCUUCAAAUAUCUCCAUGCGCUGAAGCAUUCCUUCGCUUGCACAGGACAGGCGCUCGGCGAUCUUUGGUCAAUGACGAUAUCAAACGUCGGCUCAUACCCGCGUACAUUGCAAAAGGUUCGACGGCUCUAGGAAUUGUCGUUGGUUUUUGGAGCCAUUCCUGUUAUCGAUGAGCCUUCUUACUCUUACUUCGCGUAGAUUUAUACAACUAACGGCUGCAAGAAUGACGGAUCACUCGAUUUAUCAGUUCACUGUGAAGGAUGCGGAUGGAAAAGAUGUCUCCUUGGAGAAAUACAAGGGCAAAGUGGUUGUGAUUGUUAAUGUAGCAUCGCAGUGCGGUUACACUAACUCGCACUAUACGCAGCUGAAAGAGAUGCUUGACAAGUACCAUUCAAAAGGCCUAGAAGUAGCUGCCUUCCCUUGCAAUCAGUUUGGACAUCAGGAGCCUGCUUGUGAGCUUGAUAUCAAGAAUUUCAUACACGAUAAGUUCAACUUUGAACCGGAUCUCUACGCUAAGAUUGACGUCAAUGGUGAUAAGGCUGAUCCGCUAUUCAAAUUUCUGAAAAAGGAGAAGGGUGGCAUGCUCAUUGAUGCAGUCAAGUGGAACUUCACUAAAUUCUUGGUUGAUAAAGAUGGAAAAGUUGUGAAGCGGUAUGGACCAAAUACAGAGCCGAAAGGGAUGGUGAAAGACGUUGAAGCGCUUCUGAAUGACUCAACUAAACUAUGAGCUUGUAAUUAACAUGAGGAGUGUGUAAUUAUAUCUCUACAUUUGAUUUCCACUUUGUCAGUAUUUCAUACCAGUUUGGUCUUAUAUUUCUGCAGAUGUAUCAUACUGUUUGUUCCUCAAACAUCACCGAGGAUUUUAUAAAAUUAUUUUACAGUUUUAUGCGCAGUUUGUCUAAUGUAAUAAAGACGUCCCAUUGUCUUUGUGAAUAGAUCCAAAACAUUACAGCUUCACUUCAUACGCUCACAAAAGGGCUCGACUUUUCUAUGACUCGAUAUGGUUGCCAACAGUGCACUGGCGGAUCAGCUGAAGCAACUCUUCGAGCGCUGCUCAACAAUGGAAGAACUGCCGCAUUCUUUUGAUGAUACCCUCAUUGAUCAUUUGAUCGAGAAAAUUGAUCUCACUG